AUGGCCCUGCCAUACCAGAAAAACAUAAAGGUUGAACAACUGAAUAUUCAUCACAAUAAAGCAGCAUUAGCAAUGAUCCUGCGACACUUUGACGAAGAAAAGUUGGACAUACUACUGAUUCAAGAGCCCUGGAUUGUUCAAAACGCUAUUAAGGGACUUGGUACAUCAGUUGCCACGCUGUUCUUUCCACAGGCAGCUGGUAAAAUAAGGACAUGCAUAAUGGUGACGAAGGGGAUACAAUGCAUCCAAUUGCCUCAUCUAUGCUUACCAGAUCUUACUACGGUAAGAGUAGGGAGUGAUGCCAAUACCUUUAUCGUGGCGUCAGCCUAUCUACCAUACGACUCUACUGAACCACCUCCCAGUCAGAAGGUAAUCAGACUGAUGGAGUAUUGUAGGACGAAAAGGCUAGAAAUUGUCAUAGGAUGUGAUGCGAACGCACACAACAUUGUGUGGGGUAGCAGCGAUAGUAACAACAGAGGGGAAUCUCUCCUCGAGUUUAUUGAAAAAUACAAUCUGAUGAUUGCAAACAGGGGGUUAGAACCUACCUUCGUUGACGCACGAAGGUCAGAAGUUAUUGACCUAACCCCGUGCUCAGGCGCAAUGACACAGAAAAUUGAGAAAUGGAAGGUUACUGAUAGACUAACAAUGUCGGAUCAUCGGGCUGUACACUUUAAAAUACUCUGUCGUCCGAAACGCACUAAUAGUCAGAGGCUAGUAAGAAUUCCUGAGAAUACUGAUCAAGUAACGUACUUGACGUUGUUGGCGGAAUUAUUACAAAACAGGCCGCUGAGGAAACUCAAGACCACAUGGAAUAUAGAGACAGAAAUCAAAGCAAUUACUGCUGCGAUGAUUAAUGCAUUCGAAAACGCUUGUCCCCAAACCAGCAUUGCAGAAAAGUCGUCGACACCUUGGUGGAGUCAGGAUCUUGAUGUAAAAAAAUGGAGACAAGGAAAGCCUUUAAUAAAUACAUAA